AUGGCGGAACCCACGCCAACACCGCCGGCACCACCGCCGACAGCGCCCGCGCCCGCGCCGGCCCCGCCAGUUCCUGGUCCUUCGACCCGCGCUCUCCCGCCCAAGGUCGUCAAGCCCACCAACCCCUUCGUCUACCUCGGCAUCCCCCAGUUCGUCCUCGACUGGCGACCCUCCGUCCCCGGCCCCAAGAUGAGCGUCUUCCUCGCCGUCACGGCCGGCCUGACCGGCGCCUACGUCUACGACCGCCGCGAGACCAAGCGCAUCCAGCAGGAGUACGUCGACAAGGUCAAGUGGAUGAGCGAGCAGCCGCUCGACGCCGCAGACCGCGCCCGCAAGGUCAAGGUGUUCGGCGCCCGCGUGCCUGAAGACGGCGAGCUCGAGCGAGGCGCCAAGUGGUUCAAGCGCUACAUGCGGCCCAUCCUUGUCGCGUCGGGCACCGACUACGUCCUCAAGGUCGGCACCAACCCGGGCGGUCUCGGUCGCACGCUCGUUCACGAGAUCCGCGCCCGACGCGUCACCCAGGCGGCGCAGGAGAGCGCGUCGGCCGCCGAGGUCCUCCUCCUCAACACGCCCGAGGCCAACGUCAGCGCCGUCCUCGCCGAGCGCGACCUCGAGGAGGAGAAGAGCGAGCAGGACAGCGCCAUCGUCCUCCUCGGGCGCGGUGCGCUCAAGGAGUACCUGUGGGCGCUGCGCAAGGGAUGGAGCGAGCCGAUCGACCUGCGCGAGGAGGCCAAGCUCGAGGGGCUCGGUGUCGGCGCCAACGAGCGGCGCAAGGACGGCCGGUGGGAGCGCGAGGAGGAGCUCAUGUUGCGCGAGCUCGAGCGUGAGGACGACGCGGCGCCGCUCGGCGGGCCCUUUGACGAGCGCGCCGCACCCGAGGGCCUCGAGUCGGUCGGCGACGCGCCCGAGGCGGCGCCCAUGCCGUCGCAGCCCGUCAGUUUCCUGUCGUACAACCCGUACCGCCCCGUCACGCCGACGUCGGCACCCUCGUCCGCCACCGCACCCGCCGAGCUCGAGGCGCCGCUCGUGCUCCCGCCGACCAACCCUCCCGCUCAACCUCCUCUCCUCCUCGUUCCCUUCUCCUACCCGUUCGGCAUCCGUACCUGGAUCCCCAAGCUCGCCCACUUCUGGAACCACCGCACCGACGCCCGCAUCGGCGGCGAGAUGGCGCUCGCCGUCGUCCUGUCGCAGUCGCGCCCCAUCAUCCCGCCCGCCAACCGCAACCCCGAGACGGGCGCGCCGCAGGGCAUCCUCGACGACGACUUUGUCGCCAUGAUCCGUCGCGGCGAGGCGCACGAGUCGACGAUGGACGACGGCGCGCCGACGGGCUCGCCCGACCUCGACUUUAUGUCGGCGACGGACGAGCGGCCCGAGCACUUCAAGAAGGCGUACCGCACGAUGCCCAAGGGCCACGAGUACCACCGCCGCACCUACUACAAGGACGAGCUGCCGCCAAAGGUGCAGACGGCGCGCGAGCUCGCACGCGGCGAGCGCGAGCCGACGUCGAACGAGGUCAGCUACCCGCCCAAGAUCGAGUCCGAGCUGCGCAAGGAGCGCCUCGACCGCGAGCUGCGGUGGCGGCGCGAGCUCGAGGGCUGGGCGGUGCAGCGCGCCGGGAGCGGCGUCGCGUGGAGGGACGAGUGGGCGCACGACGGCGUCCUGCGCGUGAUCGAGACGCCGGACGAGGCGGCGGUCAAGGAGCUCGAGCGGAGGGGCCAGGAGUGGCAGGAAUGGAAGAUGCGCAGGGACGAGGAGCGCGAGCGUGGGUGGAAGGAGCAGGUCAGGAGCGAGGACGACUGAGAAGGAGGAGGAGGAGCGUGGGUGUUCGGGCCUCUCUCCCUGUAAGGAGUAUCAGCGCAGCAUGUAGACUCUCUCUCCCAAUUCGCAACCGCAGCAUUGCCCCUCCU